AUUUGCAUACAUUUCUCUAUGUGGUUAUAUCAUUAUCCCGUGUUGUACACAAUAGCUUUACAUACUUACACCGAGUUAACCUUAUAUGCCAUAACAGAGUAAGGGCUUUAGUGUUUGUAACGAAGCGGAAGUAAACAACUCUAAACAUAUAAGGUGCUAUACAAAUAAUUCUCAGAUGUUCUCGUACUGAAAUUAUAGGCUUUGAUCUAAACAGCGCUGCACAGCCACUGUCAAGAUAAUUUCAUGACAUUCUGCAUUGUCCAAAGAAAAAACCCGGCAAGCAAGAACUCUCCAAUUAUCGCUCUACGAACAAGGGUACCAAAUAAUAGUUUCCCUGCAAGGAAAGGCCUGCUGUAUCCCAGUGCACGUAUCAGCUGAGUGAGGGGACGCUGAACCCUAUACAAAACAACAAAAGGCUACGUUAUAAUCAACAAAGAAAUCCUUAAGAAAACAAGUCAUGGUACCAUGGUAAGAAAGCUUAAGAUAACUUCCCAACGCAAAAACCGUCAACGACUUGAACUUUUCACCAAAAACAUAAAGAUUAACCAUUCAGGUGAAAGUCAAAAAAUUCAAAACGAUUAUAUACAAAGUUGUCUUACUAAACUAUACGGAAGCGCUCCCAACCUUCGCCUCGUCAGAAGUGUAGGAAAACAUAGAUGUUUAUUAGCCUCUUCGUCGUUUUACGGAAUAUGGGCCAAUGAAGAUCACGGAUUGGCAAAUGACUGUCUUGAUGAUUGAAUAAGCACUGGGGGUAAUGAGAAAACCUUUUCUCUGAAACCCAAUCUCAUGUAUAAGUAUAUUCUUUUUUCACCAUUCUCGUUUUUACUGACUUAUAUUGUGUAUACAAGACUACCAUAUUGAUUUAAUUAUCUUAACGACAAUGACGCCAUCAUCUAUGAGUGAUGUUAAGUCUAGCUUGACUAGGGUAUUGAAUGUAGGUGUUAAAGCCAGCGAUAAUGAUACUCCUGAACGGAUGCCGGUUACUCUUACGCAAGGGGUAGGAGAAACAAUACCGACCCUUGAUUCUAAAUGGAACUGUGUGAACGAGAACGGGAGGCUUCGUGUAACGGAUGCAGGGUAUGCAAAGAUGUGUUUGGAUUACCGAAAUGAGAUGACAGUUAGCCUAAGAUAUUCAAAUCUCGAACUACGAAUGGAGACAUUCAACAAUGACAUGAACUUUCGCCAAUUGGCUGAGGCAGGAUUUUACAAAAAUGGUCAAGGACUGGCAUGUUUCUGUUGUCCAUUUGAGCCGAGAAUUGAAUGUUUAUUGACCGACCCUGUCGAACCGAUGAGAGUCCACACCCGAUGGUCACCACAGUGUCCUUUCGUAAGACGACGGGAAAAUGAAGAUGUCCUGAGAGCUGUUAAACAGGAAGUUUUGACCAUGGAGCAACGCCAUGACACAGUGACUGGUAUUCACCCUUGGCGAAGAACCACGUUCGAUAUCAAUGACGUGAUUGAAAUUAUGGAAAGUGGGUAUGAACCCAGUAGAAUCAUGGAAGCAACCAAACAGUUUUUCCUAAGAACUGGAGAGUUUCCCAACGUGGAAAACCUUCGCAGGGAGAUGAAUGACUGAUAUGGAUGUCGGAGGAUAUGAACUCAGCUUCUCCAGUCAUGAAUGGUUUACGUGCAUAUACUGUACACUGAAAAACCUUCGCCCGGUCAAAUAUUCUUCCUUUAUCAGUAAAAAAAAUCCAUGUUCGCUCGGUGUUAAUUUCGCCUUUAACAUGAAAUAACCAUGUCUGAUAUGCUGUCAACGUAUACCGACUCUCACAAUGAAUUCAUCCUUGUUGCAAACGGCGAUGAAGGCGUAAAUUAAUCAGCUGUGAACUUAUACAUCGCAUAUUUUACCAUCAAACUUAUAAUCAUUUUUUAUAUACUAUACAAUUUGCUAAAAUGUAUAUUUUUAUGCUUGAUUUUAUACUUGUAUUUUUUUGUUCUUGUCUCUUUGCUUACCUGGCGUGGGGUUCAAUGUUGCUCUUAUGAACCCAAACAUGCAUUGUAAUGUAAGAAUUAGCUUUAAAGUCUUAAUGAGCACAUUUUGUUAAAACUUUUUAUGGACUAUUUUAAAAAAAAAUCAUAAUUCAUGUAGUGAUACUGGAUAAAAUUUAUUGAAAUGCAGAUAAUAGAAAUAAAGCCGAUAGGACCAGAGCACAGGAUUUUGAAUUAGCCGGGUAUCGUAGAUAUAAUAACUCAUUAUAACGAUUUUUUGGUGGUUUUUUUAAAAAAAAUUAUCACUGUUUAUGUUAAUGAUAUUCUGGAUUGUAUAUGUAAUACAUGCUGUCACCGUUUCAUUAUCGGAAUAUGGAAAACCUUUGUCAGAAGAUGUAUUACAAAACAAAGCAGUUGACAUCGAGUUAGCGUUAAUAAUAUGUGAUUUAAAUAGCCCACCUUCGUCCUUCAGUAUUACCUGUCUCAUUAAUAGAAAAAUUGGGAACACAUGAUGCCCGCGAGAAUGCUAUCUUAGAUUUUGACAGUUCAAGUUAUAUUAGUAGUACUUGGCAGAUCUUUCGCGAAUUUCACAUACAUAUUUGCUUUAUGUUUUUGUAGACUUGUCGUAAACACUAGCUGACUGUCAGACUGCCUUCUUUGAUGUUUACAGUUCCAGUUUGUAACAACUAUUCCCUAAAAAGUACAUGAAAGGUUCUUUUGCCAUUUUUAUGCGUAGAUUGAUCUUGGACUAUAAAUGUCCGUGCGUUAUUAUAAGACUGAUCAUGAAAUUCAGAUGGCUUCCAUGCAGUUAUCUUCCUUCGCCAGAUUUUAUAAGUAGUUUCCUUUUGGUCUUCAGUGUUGCAUGUUCAAUUAUGGGAUUAAGCGAAUUUUACAGCUGACAUUUGUUAUAAUUAUAUCUCAGAGAGGGAUAAAGGCUUUUUUUAUGAAAUUUGGACUUUUUUAUCCAGACUCCUCUUGACGUGUUUCUUAGUUAUGUUUUUUUCAGCUUUAUUUGUGGGGGGAAAAUGGCAAGCAGGACUACCUCUUGCGAAUGAAAUUCGAAAUUUGUAAUCGUUUUUCUCAGAAAGUAAAUAACAUUUGUUCAUGAAUUUAAUGAGAGCUUCUUCAUUUUCCUUAGUUUUUCAUAUACUUCAUUUUUAACUUCAAGAAGUGUGAUUGGGAGAAAAAUAUGCAUGUCAGAAAUCAGAACGUCCCUUGUAACAAAAUAUUUACUUUUAGAUAUAGGUUUUUAUAAACUCUUCAAAUAUAUCUUCAAUGAAACAUGACGACAUACCCUUUUUGUUUAUAUAUUAAUGCAUGCUUGUAUUUCAUCUUUUUUUCCCCGGUGAUUAAUGCUGUCCUUAUUAACAUUUGUUAUGCAUGUCAGAAAUCAGAAUCUCCCUUGUUACAAAAUAUUUACUUUUAGAUAUAGGUUUUUAUAAACUCUUCAAAUAUAUCUUCAAUGAAACAUGACGACAUACCCUUUUUGUUUAUAUAUUAAUGCAUGCUUGUAUUUGAUCUUUUUUCCCGGUGUUUAAUGCUGUCCUUAUUAACAUUUGUUAUUAUUGAGGAUUUCCUUUUUUAUACAAAAUCAUUUUCAUACAGUUCUGACUUCUCAUAUAUUUAUUAUAUAAACCAUCAUAGCUAUUAGACUAAUGAUACAUAUAUUUUUCUUUUCUUAUUUGUAUAUUAAUCAAGUUAAGGUUAAGUCAGGUUAGGAAAUGUUAGAUUUUUAGAUUUUUUAUAAAACAUUUUCUGUAGCACAACAUAGAAGAAUAUUAUUAACUGCAUGUGUUUUAUAAAAUUGCAUUAUUUAGUGUAGGCUGAUGCAUGCCAUUUUAAAAGGUAUCCGUAUAACAUAUGUCUAAGAUCAAAUAUUGAAAAAAAGGGUCGAUACAACAUCUUCCUUAUUUUACCACAACUAACAAAAAAACACAUCAUUGAUUACAGUCCUGAAUGCUUGAGUGAUGGUUGAGUACUGUUAAUCACACAUAAUAUCUGAGAAAAUGAUGUAAUUCUAAUUAUAGUUCCUUUUAUUAUAUCUAUGGCGGAUAUAUAUAUAUAUAAUAAAAGUCCGCAAUCGCAUAGGUAAAAUGGGGUGCAUGUUCAGGAAAUACGAUUUAUGUUACUAUACCUUUUCCUCGUGGUUUCCAGUAUAUGCACAUCGAGUCGCACGGAAACGCAAUCGAAAUCAAGAAUAAUUACACUCGUGUCUACAUCCGACUGCAUCAGCCUAUUUUGAAUCAGGUCGGUGGAGGUACUUGCUACAACUGGUCUUUUGCGAGUACCAGGUGUAACUUGAUUGUAAGGUCACUAAAUCAUUUAUACGAGUCUCAGCAAAAAUGAAUUAGUACCACAUAAGUGGCCUUAGCCGUCAAAUCGUAACACUCCAAUAUGGACUAAAGAUUCUGUAAUUAUUGUUUUGUUCAUGUAUAUAAUUUAAAGUUUGUCAAAUAUAUAUCGUUAUCGCUGUACAUGAGAUUUCCUGAGUGAUCCAUGUCUGUACCAGUCCGACAGUUUAUAAAUAUAUCAUGAGAAAACCAUAAAAACAAUUACGCGUACUUAAAGUACUUAAUUUUAAAUCGAUUUUGAACGACAAGAAAAUGUAUAAAUUUCUCACAAGCAAGAAUAAAAUAACAGUUAAAAAAACAUCACUAUUAGGGUCAGUCUUUCAUCAACAUCUUACUCUGAUCCGAUUAGACUAAUGAAGGCUGUUGGCCUGAACAGACUGUAUCAAUCAAUAAAAUCAUUGAACUGAUACAGAAAAGUACAAUGUAAGCUUUAAUUCAUAAUAAUGCUUUGCUAAUAAACUUAUAGUAUCAUU